AUGGAUGAUGACUUCUAUGAUUCGGAUGGAGAUGACGCAUUAUGGUGCGGAAUUGCUGAGCUCGGACCGCCGAGCCAAUGCUUGCAAGACUUGCAAGCAUUGGUCUUGCACUUGCAAGACCUGGCCGAGACAAGAGUUUCUAAGCCCGGCCAAGGAUUCUUGAGUCGAGUCAAGAAUCGUGAGGUGGAGCCAAAAAGUGCUAGGUCGGAAUGGAAGCAAAAAAAUGAUAAGCCAUCAGAUGAUGUACUGAAGAAAUUGAAUAAAUUCUUCGGUCAUAAAUCGUUUCGUCCUCUUCAAUGGGAGAUUAUUCGUGAGGCAUUGAAUGGACGAGAUCAACUGGUUGUCUUGUCAACAGGUUAUGGAAAAAGUAUUUGCUACCAGAUGCCAUCAUUGAUCCAAGAGAAUUUAACACUAAUCGUAUCACCACUUAUAUCAUUAAUGAACGAUCAAGUUACGAAUGCGAGAGCAAAUGGUAUAAAAGCAUCGUGUAUUACCGGUGAAACAUCGUAUGAGGAUCGAAAUGAGAUUGUAGAUGCAUGUUUGAGUGGAAAGCUGAAUCUUUUAUAUGUAACUCCUGAGUUUGGAUUAAACAACGAUACUUUAAUGCGCAAAAUUUCUUCAAGGAUAGGUUUGUUGGCUAUUGACGAAGCGCAUUGUGUAUCACAAUGGGGUCAUGAAUUUCGUUCCGAUUAUCGACGUUUAUCAUCUCUUCGUGACAUUCUCAGCGAUAGAGUUCCAGUUAUGGCUCUUACAGCCACUGCAACGGUUGAAGUUCAAUUGGAUAUCGUCAAGAAUUUGAAAAUGAGGAAUGCAAUAACUGUUUGUUCAAGUCUGGAC